CAGCUAGAUGGUAAACAAAGGUUGCAGGAGGAUAACAUGAUAACCCUGUUCCCGGUGUAUAAAUAACCACACGCCUGCUGCCUCUUCACCACAAUUACAGUAGUCUUAGUACAGUCGUCGUUGGUAGUUCUUCCAAGUGCCACACCAUGGCUACUGCUUUUAGGCCAUGGUUUCUGCUCUCAUGUGGGCUGCUCCUGGCAGCGGCGUGCCAUGGCCUCCAGGUGGGCUUCUACCAGAAGACUUGCCCCAGGGCGGAGGCCAUCGUGAGGGCCGAGGUGCAGAAGGCCGUGCGAAGGGACCCCGGCCUCGGCGCCGGCCUCAUCCGCAUGCUCUUCCACGACUGCUUCGUAGAGGGUUGUGACGGAUCCAUCCUUCUCGACCCGACGCCGGCGAACCCACGGCCGGAGAAGAAGGGCCCGCCCAACGACAGCAGCCAGCGGAGCUACGAGGUGAUCGACGCGGCGAAGCGCGCCCUGGAGAAGGCCUGCCCCGGCACGGUGUCCUGCGCCGACGUGGUCGCCUUCGCGGCGCGCGACGCGUCCGACCUCCUCAGCGGCUCGCGGAUCAGCUUCGCGAUGCCGGGCGGGCGGCUCGACGGACGCAGGUCCCUGGAGAGCCAGACGAGCGUCCUGCCCCCGCCGUUCGCCAACCUCAACACCCUCGCCGCCAGGUUCGCCGCCAAAGGCUUGGGCGUCGAGGACCUGGUCGUGCUCUCCGGCGCGCACUCCGUCGGGCGCUCCCACUGCUCCUCCUUCGUCGCCGAGCGCAUCGCCUCCCCGUCCGAUAUGGACGCGGCGCUGGCGGCCCAGCUGAGGCGGCAGUGCCCGGCCAGCCCGUCCCUCGGCAACGACCCCGUGGUGGCGGAGGACGCCGUCACCCCGAACGCGCUGGACAACCAGUACUACAGGAACCUGCUGGACCGCAAGGUGCUCUUCACGUCGGAUGCCGUGCUGAUGUCGUCGGCGCAGACGGCUGGGAUGGUGGGUGACCUCGCGCGCCCGGACGGGACGUGGGAGAAGAAGUUUGCAGCUGCGAUGGUGAAGCUGGCGAGUAUCGGAGUGAAGACCGGCAGCGACGGAGACAUCAGGAAGAAGUGUCGGGUCGUCAACUAGAGAAGCUGGCGAAGCUAAAUUCUAGAGCGGAUCAUCAUUAGUUACGAUUCUACAUCGAAGUUACUUAGAAUUUCUUGGUGCACUUCUCCGGCUUUGGGGAAUGCAUGUUUUCUGUUUUUCCUUCAGUCCAAAAUAAGUGUGCUUCAGUGAUUGUGUGCCUGCACGCAUUUGGCCAAAAAUCCAUCCCCUGCUUCCAGUCGAAGCUAGCAGCUCGUUACCGGUA